UAUCAUCUGAUAUUGAAAUGAUGUAAUAUCGUAUACUAAUAAUUUACCAUAUUGUUGCAAUAUAAAGAUUGAGAUAUUCUGGUGUAUUCUACUUCUCUAUAAACAUGUGGAAAUAAUGAAAACAGAUAUAUUUGUGUGCAUAUAGAAUGGAUCUUUUAGAACAGAAGAACGAGCGAAUAUGUCAAUGCUCACAGAAAUUAAUGACAAAUGUGAUGCCUGUGUCUCAGCCAGUGCGUGCCAAGAGUUUGUUACGCGCAAACUUGGAAAAUUCUCGCGGGCGACUUUUGCAGAGCAGAAUGCCAAACAUUAAAGUCUUUAGUGGCACAUCGCAUCCAGAUUUAGCUCAACGCAUUGUUGAUAGACUUGGUAUUGACAUUGGAAAAGUUGUCACGAAGAAAUUUAGUAACCUCGAAACAUGUGUGGAAAUAGGAGAAUCUGUUCGUGGAGAAGAUGUGUACAUAGUACAAAGUGGAAGCGGAGAAGUAAAUGACAACUUGAUGGAACUGUUAAUUAUGAUCAAUGCUUGUAAAAUUGCUUCUGCAUCUCGAGUAACUGCUGUAAUUCCGUGUUUCCCAUAUGCGAGACAAGAUAAAAAGGAUAAGGGUGGUGAUGGAGGUGACAAGACAAAUUCUAAGAAACAAAUUGUCAUGAAGUCAAACGAGUGGAAAUUCAGGAGUCGUGCACCUAUUUCAGCAAAAUUAGUAGCAAAUAUGCUAUCGGUAGCAGGAGCUGAUCAUAUUAUUACAAUGGAUUUGCAUGCUAGUCAAAUACAGGGAUUUUUUGAUAUUCCAGUUGACAAUUUAUUUGCUGAACCAGCUGUUUUAAAAUGGAUUAAAGAAAAUAUUAUAGAAUGGCGAAAUAGCAUUAUUGUUUCGCCAGAUGCUGGUGGUGCUAAAAGGGUAACAUCAAUCGCUGAUCGAUUAAAUGUUGAAUUUGCUCUUAUACAUAAAGAAAGAAAAAAGGCGAAUGAGGUUGCUAGUAUGGUAUUAGUUGGAGAUGUAAAAGACAGAGUUGCUAUUCUAGUAGAUGAUAUGGCCGACACUUGUGGGACUAUUUGUCAUGCAGCAGAAAAACUUUUAGAAGCUGGAGCAACAAAAGUAUAUGCAAUUUUAACACAUGGCAUUUUCAGUGGCCCAGCGAUUAGUAGAAUUAAUAAUGCCUGUUUUGAAGCUGUGGUAGUAACAAAUACCAUUCCUCAAGAUGGUCAUAUGAAGGAUUGUCCAAAAAUACAGUGUAUUGAUGUAUCAAUGAUGUUUGCUGAGGCUGUAAGGCGGACUCACAACGGUGAAUCUGUAUCGUACCUGUUUUCAAAUGUACCGUAUUAAAUACAAAUCUUCCUGAUAAUGUACUCGUUUAAAUUAUACGUGUGUAGGAGACAUUAGAUGCAUACUAUACUCUCCAUUUUAAAAGAAAAGUAAGUUAAUAAGUAAUAGAUGCAAACAGAAGCUUCGGAGUAAAAUUUUUUAAAAAUAAUUAAAUUUUCGUUAAAUUGCCACUUCAUAUGCAGAAUAUAUCCAUAUAGAAUAUAUGAUUAUUCUAUUCUUUUAUAAUUUAAUUUGAUUAAUUAUUACGGUAUGAAAUAACAUUAUAUAUGUGGCAAUUAUAUGAGACUGGGGAUAAAAAGUAUUGUAAUAAAUGCAAACAGACAUUCAUACCAUAUGGCGAUAUAACUACGCCAUAGAGGCAUAUUUCAUUUUUUACCGUUAUGUAUAAAAAUUUCCAAUAUGUAAGUACAAUUUUUCAAUUUAUAAUAUUAUGCGUUAAAGCAAAUUAACUUUUUACUUUUUAUCUGAUAUGAUGUAGUAUAUCGUAUAUAAAUUUACUACAUUGUAUACAACAGAAAAAAAGAAAAAUCAAGAAGAUAUAUUUUUUUCGAUUAUCUUUUACUACUACAUUACAAUUUUUAAAGAAAGGAAAAAAAUAUCGUCAUUUAUAUGAACGUAAUCCUAUUAUCGAAAAUAAUUAUGCUCAUUUCAUAGAGGAAAGUGAAUUUACAAUUACUAAAGCUUUGGACCAAUAUUAUAUAAUAUUGAAAAUAUAAGUCAAUAUAUAGAUACAGCAUUGUUUAUAUGCAAAUUUUUCUCAAUU